AUGCCAGGGUCCACGAACGACAUAAACGUAUUGCAGCGUUCACCGUUGUUUGCGGAUGUAAACUGCGGCAGGACUCCUCCAGUACAGUUCGAAAUAAACAGUAGAAAGUACACCACCGGAUAUUACCUGGCGGAUGGGAUUUACCCUCCCCUUUCCACAUUAGUUCAAACGAUUCCUGCCCCAGUUGGACAAAAACGAAAACACUUCGCCAAACAACAAGAAGCAGCUAGGAAGGACGUCGAACGUGCUUUUGGGGUUCUGAUGGCACGAUUCGCUAUUUUGAAGAAUCCAGCCAGACUAUGGCAUAAAGAUGAUCUAGCAAUAAUCAUACGUGCCUGCAUUAUUUUGCAUAACAUGGUAAUUGAAUAUCAGCGAGAUGCUUCAAUCGAGGUCGACAGAGAUACCUGGAACAACGACGAAACAUUGAACAUGGGUACAUAUCGUGAUAAUGUGAACUUCACAGCAUUCCUUGAGCAUUACGAAGAUGUCCACAAUGCAGCAGUACAUCUCCAACUACAAGAAGAUUUAAUUGAGCAUGUUUGGAUAGUAAAGGGAGAAGAAGACGAUUAA